AUGGAUUAAGAGUCUAAUGAAAUUUUAGAAUGGAGACAAGAUGAUAAUGAUAUAGAAAUACUUAAGGGAAUUGAUGAAUUAAAGAAAUUACUUCCUAAAAAUUUGGCAUCGAAAGUUUAUUAAAAAUUUGUAGAUUAAAUUGAUAAAUCAUUCAAUGCUCCUGUUGGAAUAAAAGAAUUAGAUAUUAAGAAAUUAGAAUCAGAAGAUUGUUUCAACAUUUAUAAGGGCCUAUCUACUUUAAGAAAAUUAUUGUUAUAAAAUCCAGAUGACGAUAAAUUGAAUAAAAUAAUUUAAGCAGAUAAAAAUUUAGUUCCUAAGAUUAUUAAACUAGUAGAAAGUAGUGAAAUGUAAUUAAUAAAAUAUGAAUCAGUUUAUACUUUACUUAUCUUAAUAAAUAAUUAAUAUUUUUAAAAAUAGAUAAUUAAUAAUAAUGGAAUUAAGGUACUGUUAGAUUAAUUAAAAUCUCCACAUUUAUAAAUAUCGACUUAGGCAUGUACAGCCUUAGGAAAUUUAGCACUUGAUUAUUAAAAUAGUAUAAUAAUUCAAAAAAAUGGGGCUGUUGAAUUAAUAUUGAAUAUUCUUUAAUAAUUAAAAGAACCUAGACAUAUUGAACUUUUUUGUUGGAGUUUGAACAAUAUAAUGUUAAUAAGUACAACAGAUAUUUAAAAAGAUACAAUUGAUAAAGCUUUUAUUACACUAUGUAAUUUGAUUAAUAAACAUGACGAUGAAUUAACUCUUCUUGGAUGCUUUAAAAUAUUUUAACAAUCUCUUCAUUUUACAAAAGAAAAUUAUAAAAUUCUAAUUUAAAGUUAAGCCAUUGAUAAUUUAUUAAAAUUAGCUCUAAGUCAAAAUAAAAAAAUUAGCAAAGCCUCUUUUGAUUUGAUAAGUGGAUUGUUAUAAUCUAAUAUAGAAUUAUUAGAUCAAAAUUUAUCAAAGAAAUGCUUAAAUUUAAUGAAUAAACUUCUUCAUCAUUAACAAAAAGCCAUUGACAAAGAAUCUGUAUACUUUUCUAUUUUAUCAUUUUGUAAUGGUAAUGAAAAUUAAUAGAUAAUGUUAUGUAAAAACAAUACUAUGAUUACAUAAAUAAUCAAAUUUGUAAAAGAUAAUAAAAGUGAUGAAGCUAGAGAAAUCAUCUCAAUAUUAGCACUGUUUUCACAAACCAAAAAUUUAGAAAUUAUACAAUCACUUAUUAAAGAAGGAAUUGUAUAAGUGUUAAUUCAAGGAUUAUAAAUUGAUGAUGAGGAUGAAAAAGAAGAACUUAUUAAGGCAUUAUAAAAUAUCCUUAAAAGUAAAUAUUUAUUAUUCUAUUUAUUAGUUUAUAAAUAGAUUUCAAAAUAGAAAUUAUUAAAUAAAAAGUAGAUUGAAGCUAUUAAAAAACUACCAAACAAUAAAAGUAAAACUAUUAAAAGUCUAUUAAAAUAAUUAUUCCUUCUAUUGGAAUGA